AUGGAAAUGAUAACAAAUGGUGAAGAGAGCAUAGGAAGGAGGAGGAUGUUCAUGGAAGGAUGUGAUUUCCAAGGAACUCGCACUGUCAAGAGACGAAGAAGAGAGCAUGGAGCAGCUGCACUGAACUGUGAUGAUGAUCUAAGUCAGAAGAGAGAGCAAGUUGAUCAAAAUUCGACCACCCAUACAGCUAAGAGAAGUUCAAGAUUUCGAGGUGUUAGCAGACACAAAUGGACUGGUCGGUAUGAGGCUCACCUGUGGGACAAACUCUCUUGGAAUGUAACACAGAAGAAGAAAGGGAAGCAAGUUUACCUUGGAGCUUACGAUGAAGAAGAAUCUGCAGCCAGAGCAUACGAUUUAGCUGCACUGAAAUACUGGGGAACUUCAACUUUCACCAACUUUCCGAUAUCAGAUUACAUGAAAGAGAUAGAGAUAAUGCAGACUAUGACAAAAGAGGAGUAUUUGGCCACUUUAAGAAGGAAGAGUAGCGGCUUUUCAAGAGGCAUAUCAAAAUAUAGGGGUGUUGCAAGGCACCACCAGAAUGGUAGAUGGGAAGCAAGGAUAGGGAGGGUUUUUGGAAACAAAUAUCUCUACCUUGGCACUUACAGCACCCAGGAGGAAGCUGCUCGUGCUUAUGACAUUGCGGCCAUUGAGUACAGGGGGAUUCAUGCUGUAACCAACUUUGAUUUGAGCAAUUACAUAACAAUGUUAAGACCUGCUAGAGGAAAUAUCACAGAGCCAACACUUGAAUCACAGAUCGUACCAGAGUUUCAGACAAUGGCAUCUCCAUCUAAUUAUACUUCAGUAAAGGAGUCCAAGACCUUGGUCCUUGACGGCAAUUUUUGCAACUCAGAUUACCUGAAGUCUUCACGAAAGCAAGAGGUCCUUGAGAAGGAAACUGCUUUUAUCUCAAGCAACAAGUCAUCUUCACCUACUGCUCUUGGCCUUCUUCUCCGUUCUUCAAUUUUCAGGGAAUUAGUGGAAAAGAAUUUGAAUAUAUUUGGAGAUGAAACUGAUGGGGAAGACACAAAGGAUCGACAACCACAUAUAUCCGGUGAUGAUGAGUUGAGUAGAAUAUUCUAUGAUAGUAUUGAUGAUAUCCCAUUUGCCAAUGAUCUUAAAAGAUACAAUUUUCCAGGCGAAAACCACUCCGUCUUAUGAGCAGAGAAACACAAAAUUUCUAAAGAGCAAUGUAAUGCCAAGGUGAGAAUCGAGAAGCGUAGAAUUUCUUUAGAGCAACGUAUUGCUAGGGUAUGCAUUUAUAACCUAGAGAAUCUAGUUUCACUAGUGAGG